AUGUCAAGUAUUGAAAAGCUUUCAAUCCGUGGUAUUCGUAGUUUUAGUCCGAAUCGUGAAGAAAUCAUUGAAUUUUACCAUCCACUAACUGUUCUCUUAGGUGACAAUGGAUGUGGUAAAACAACCGUGAUUGAAUGUCUCAAAUUAGCGUGUACAGGUGGUUUACCUCCAGGUGCUCGCAAUGGUCAGAGUCUCCUGCAUGAUCCGAAAAUUGCUGGUACGAAUGAAGUUAAAGCUAGUAUUCGUUUACGCUUUCGUAAUCGGGCACAGAAAGCAAUGGUCGUCCAACGUACGUAUCAAGUUCGUCAGACGAAGAAGAAUCUACAGUUUAAAGCCUUGGAUGGUGUCAUUCGUGUCGUGAAUGACAUGGGUGAGAAAGUAUCGUUGAACCAUAAAUGUGGUGAAUUGGAUCAACAUAUUCCCGAGAUGUUUGGUGUAUCAAAGGCGAUACUAGAGAAUGUCAUUUUCUGUCAUCAAGAGGAUUCCAAUUGGCCCUUACGUGAAGGUGCCGAGUUGAAAAAACGGUUUGAUCAGAUUUUUGAAUCCGCACGAUAUACAAAAGCUUUGGAAGCCAUACGGAAAUUAAAAAAAGCACGUCUAGAGCAUGCAAAGGAGUAUAAACGGGAUUUAGAUGUCUUGACAGUAAAUGUCAAGAUUGCAAGUGAGAUUCGCCAAGGUUUGAAUGUGAGACUCGAGAAAAUAACACAAGCACGCGAGGAAGAAGAUAAAGGAGAAGAACAGAUUGUACAAGCAAAAAAAACAGUAAAUGAGUUGCAAGUGUUGCAAGUGGAAGUGAAGACAUUACAUGAUCAAGUUGAAAGACGGGAGGAAGAAGUAAAGAUCAAGGAACAGACUGUACGACGUGCCUAUGACAAGAUUGAAAACAUGAUGAGUGAUACGAAUGAAGAAUUGCAAGGUAUUUUGAACGACUAUGAUGCAAUUAGUCAAGAACAUCGAAACGCUUUUUCGAAGUUACAACAAGAAGAAACGAGACUGCAGACAGACCAACGUCAAGCGAAAGACGAAUACGUGGCGUUGCGAGCGUCCAAAGCACGAGUUGAAACGAACAUUGACACAUACCAGAAAAGGGUCGCGAACCUUAUUGAUUCGGCCUCAAAGCUAAGUACCAAGUAUCGAUUCCACUUGCAACCAUUAUCAUCGCAACAGCAUGAUGUUUCAGCGUUUUUGACAGAGUUCAAGAACAUUGUGGAAAGCAAACAAGAUGUGCUCAAUAGUUUGGACGCAACGCAGAGACAGGAUGAUGAAAAGCUGACUACAGAAUUGUCAGAAUUAACGUCGCAAGUGAAACAUUUACGCAAUGAAUUGAAUGCAAAGACACAAAGUCUCAAAGCGUUGGACCGGGACAAAACGGCUCUUGCAAAUCGGCUGAUCGAGCUUGGUAGUGCUGGUCUCAAUUCUCAGCGAGAAGUAGAAGAAAUUAACACGCAUGUUAAAGAGGCAGAAAGAACGUUGGUGGACUAUAAGAAGAAGCACGAUACAGUAGCUUUGAAAGUCGAGAUUCAAGACUUCAACAGACAGAUUAGCAAUAUCAGUGGAACAAUGGAAGAUUUGGGGCAGCAGAUUACCACACUGCGUACCUAUGCUCACCAACAAUCCGAGCUCGAAAUCAAACGCAAUGAAUAUCGAAAGAGACAGGAAGCGUUUCAGGCGAUUUUGCACGAGAAGGUGUCUGACUUUGAAGAGAUCUUGGAAGGUGGUGAGCAACCAACGAAUAGAACCUCAUUGGUGUCAGCUGUUGCUCGAAUUGACAACAUUAUAUCCGAGCGCCAACGCAGUUGCGAUGCAAAAAAGAAAGAUCUAGCGUUAGCUGAGCAACGUCUGAUGGAAAACAUGACAUCUUCGAAAUUGGCUGAAAAGGAGUUGAACUCAUUGCGUGUGCGGAAAAGCGAACUGGAGAGGCAACGUAUGCCUGGUUUGAAAGCGCUUCUCGACACGGUUAUUCCCGGUCAUGGUCUAAAGAAUGCUGAACUUGGGAUACAGGAGGCGGAGCGAGCUCAUGCUGAUGCUAAAGACAAGGUAGUUCGUCGCAAAAAUAUGGUGAUGUUCCUUAAGAUCUAUAAGAAGAAGGGAAUGAAGGAUCAUUGUUGCCCGUUAUGCGAGCGUGAUAUGAGUCCUGAGGAAGAGCAGGCUUAUGAAAGCAUUCUGACUGAAAAGACUGAUGAUGGAAAGGUUGCAGACAAAAUCAAAAAGGCCGAAGAUCUCGAGAAGUCAUCGUUUCAGACGUUGACCGACAUCAAGGAAAAGAUGCCGCACUGGCGUAAGUGGAUGGAGCUAGAAACCACUGUACCACAGAAGGUGAAAGAGCUCGAGGAGAUUUAUGCUUCCCAGAAAGCGCUUGAAUAUGACGUGCAAGACAAAAGAGUCGCAUUUGAGCAGGCACAGGAACAGCUUGAAGAUGCAAAGACGGCAAGGUCCGAAAUGAAUACAUUGCGCAAAGCUGCAGACGACUUGCACUCCUCUGAUGUGUCUUUAUCGAAAGAAGAAGAGCGUAUGAGAGCCUUGACAGCAGGAAGUUAUGGAGCAGGUCGAUCGUUGUCUGACGUGGAAGCAGAAAAAGAUGCAAAGCAAGCUGAAGUGCAGGAUCUGAAUUGCCAGCUUCAACGGAAACAGAAAGAGCUGGACCGCAUGAACGAAAUGCUACAGCAGCUGCAGAACGAUCUACAUAACCGUAAAGAAGAAAAGCUGAGGAAGGAGACCCAGCGCAAGGAAUACGACGAGGCUGUGAAAGAACAAAAUCGACUACGUGAGCAAGAAAAGGUCUUGAAGGAGGCCUGUUUGAAGUUAAGAAAGUCCGAGCCCGAACUAGAACGUAACAUUCGCGUGAAAACAUCCGAGCGCGACACACGCCGUGCAGAGGCAAGGGAUCACCUGCGAGCCAAAAAUUCCGAGGUUCAAGAAAGCCAAGGUGAUUUCCGUGUCUUCAGUGAUAAAGCCAAGCAGGUUCAGCGCGGAGAACUCGAGAAACUUGAGCGUGAAGCUCAAUCGCUGAUCGAACGUAUCGCUCAAACGAAGCAGAAGGAGGAUGUAGCAAAUCAGUCGUUGGCGGAUCUACUACCCCAAAUGAAGAAUGCGGAAAAAAGCCUGAGCGAGAAUGAAAUUGUCAAGCGACAUAUUCAGGACAACCUGGACUACCGUGUUCUCGAGAAAGAGUUGCAGAAGAUGCGCAUUGAAAUCCAAAACCUCAAGGCUCAAGUAGAAAAUCUGCCAACGCUAGAUGUUGUCAAUGAUCGAGUAGCAUCAGCAAGCAGGGCGCUUCAUACUGCACAAGUUUCUCGUGCCACGCUAACAGGAAAGAAGCAGCAGCUAAUGGAAAAUAUUCGCGAAGAUAAGAUCAAGCUUCGCGCACCGAGCUUGAAGGACGUUGAAGAGAAAUAUCGGCACAAGCUGAUUCAGUUUGAGACCACACAGAUGGCUGUUGCGGACUUGGAUCGAUAUUUUAAGGCACUGGACGAAUCCCUAUUGCAGUAUCACUCAAAAAAGGUAGAGGAGAUCAAUACGAUCAUUCGUUUACUGUGGCAGAUUACGUACAAGGGUCAAGACAUCGACACGAUUGAGCUAGUGAGUGGACAACAGGAGGGUGUGGUUUCAAAAGCUGCGCGCUCGUAUGACUACCGCGUUGUAAUGAAAAAGGCAGGAGCAUCGAUUGACAUGCGAGGUCGCUGCAGCGCUGGGCAAAAAGUUUUGGCCGCUUUGGUCAUUCGUUUGGCAUUAGCGGAAACCUUCUGUUUAAAUUGCGGCAUCUUGGCGCUGGAUGAACCCACAACAAACCUCGAUACCGAGAACAAAUUCGGUUUGGCGCAGGCAAUCACAGACAUUCUGAACGCGCGAUCCCAGCAACAAAACUUUCAGCUUGUGUGCAUCACACACGACGAAGAGUUCGUGCAAAUGCUCAGUCGUACUCAAACCAUGGACGGCACACGGCCAGAGUUUUACUGGCGCAUAUCACGAGAGGACAUUGGCGGCAAUCGCUUUGUCAGCAAGAUCGAGCGGCAUGAGUGGGAAGACGGCAUCUAG